AUUCUUCAUUUUAUUUUGUGUUCUAGCUUGUUUAAUAAACAAUUAAUAGUAUGCUAACGAAUAAUAAUAUAGUUUACCCCAUCAGGAAUCCUUCAACCAUGGAUAACUUGUAAUUAGGUGUGGAAAAUAUCGGAAGGAAUUAGCAGCCCGUACUGUGAAGAAACUUCAUCUGUUGGCUUCUUUCUGCAUCUUUUGGGGUCAAGAAAAUGUCAUCCAACUCCAAGGAGUUCCCCUACGAGUUAUUUCGCCAAAUGCAUAAUGAUCUCCAAACACAGAUGAUGAAAAUAACUCAAUUAUCACAAGCGGAAGCUGCGGCAUCUAGCGUGGUGAACGCUAACCCAACCACCCCGCCUCGACAAAAUCCGUCAAUGUAUGCUAAUUCUUAUGCAGGUAAACCUGCCAGUUCCUUUACCGCUGUUCCGCAGCAGCCAGCUAGACAGCAAGUGACGGAAAAGAAAACAUUCGAGCAAGCUUAUCGCGAAGCAAUAGAGCGCCUCAAUGCAGCUGCCGGCAAUAGAACCAAUUCUCAACAACAAACACUACCACAACAACAACGUUCGCGUGUGCAGUACAGUAAAAGUUGCCCUCGCCAACCAUCUCCUCCUAGAAGUGUGAUCAAUUCCAAUCGUUUUACUGUGGAACCGUCAGUCUCCGUUUAUGCUCCGUCGACGCCAGGAUCGUCUGAUAGUCAAUAUAAAACAACCAUCUACAAUAUCAACACGAUAAAUUUAGCAGGAUUGGUUAAAAGUCAGCAGAAUACGAACGAUGGCCGAAGUGCAGUUGGUCGAUCUGCCGUAUCGACCUCCGUGGGGUCUACUCCAAGUGCGCCCCAAUCUCAAUCAGUUGAGCGUAUUAUGGACGAAAGCCACAGGUAUAGAGAAACUUUUGCAAAUGCCUACGCGAGACAUUUACUAGAAAUGACCAGAACUGCUGUACAGAAGAAAACUGCUCAACCACAGAAACCAGCACAAGGUGGCCAGUACUCAUCAAGCGCUAACCAGUCACCAAUAUCGUCUCAAAUAGAGCCAGGCAGUGGACAUCUGGCAAAGCCGCUUCCUGAAGCAGAUUUGCCAUCAAAAAAGCCCAGAAAGUCGCCAGCGGCUAAUCCUUUGAUCCUGAACGGAAAGGAUGGUGCAGCAUUGACCUUUGCCGAGAUGCUUUCCAAUAGUGAGCGAAAGCCGAAUGGAAAUGUUCUGCUAACAAUUGACCGAAAAGCAACGCCCGGAACCAACAAUCCAAACUUACCGUCGCUUGAUGCUAUGAUGGCAGCACACUCGAGCAAAUCGAAACACGCUUCUUCGUCAUCACUAGAGAAAAAACCAAUAGAGUCGCGUUUGAAGCCAUCCAGCAUUAAGAUAAACCACGAUGAGUUCUAUCGACAAAUUCAAAACAAAAUAGUACAACACACGCAAAAACUCUCGACCCCGUCGAGCCUGCCAGCACAGCAACGGGUCGUUAGUGGUGCUACAUCUAAAGUUGUACCACCAAGACAGCAAACGGUGAUCGUUUCUACCAGGUCAGUUCCGGUGCCCAACAUUGGGAAUCGACCAGAUUUGACUGUAAUUGUAAAUAAACCUAAAAUAUCUUCACCUGCCCCCUCUCAUGUAUACGGGAAACCUACAAUAUCGACUUCAAGCUCCACGUCAUCCACUGGUCAAAGUGUAUCACCAUCAACAAGUCAUUCAUAUUCAAUGGGUUUAUGUACGCCUAAGCGAAAUCAAGACUCCGCGAUUGCUAGUUUAGUCGAACCGCCCCCAGCUCAUUCAACUACUCCAAAAUCUUCAUUCGUAUCACCGCAAACUUCCAUCCCAGUUAAACCCUUGACUCCCAGUCCUUUACCGGUUAAAGAAACUAUGAACUAUGGCGCAAAAAAUCUCAACAGUAUUACACCGAAAUUCAGUAAGCCAGCUUCAGUUACUGCAGCCGAUGGAGUCCUAAAUUUGGAUACAAAAAUACCAACUCCACCGUCAUCUGCAUCUCAAAACAACACACCGAAUAUUGGAUUCGAUGACUACAGUUUACAGUCCUCGACACAAUACCGUACUACUGGCAAUCGGUCAUCCAUUCUGUUCAACAGCUCACAAAAGGUGGUCAAAAUUGAAAAACGUGUCAAUUACGAUGCUUAUGCUAAUGCUAAAGCUAGCAAUUCGGAUAGUGGGACAUCUAAAUACCAGCACAAUGUGGUCUGGAAAGAGCAACCGUCGAUUAAGUCCGAAGAACAUCUCAACGGAUCCGGAAAGAUUUUCGAACAAAAGAAAACUUUACUGGAACUAUUGCAAAUUGCCAACAUGCAACAGGUGUCAUCUAAUCCACAAGGUCAGACAAAGGGUGUAUCAUUCGUAGGUAGGAUUGCUGCAACAGCUGGCAACGUAACAACAGCGGGAGCCUUGCAAACGAAUCACAUGAAUCAGACCAACCAAGAUCUUUUCAAAUAUCGAAUGACCAGUAAAAGUUCAUCCAAAGAGAAACACAGGAAGCUUAUUGACCCGUUGGCUAUUAAACCGGAUCCUGACAGGCCUCCGGUGAAACGUAAGGACCCAGCUAAGCGACUCGACUUAGUCAGACGGAAGAAACCGAAGCUGGCCCGUUCUACAGAUCCCUAUCUGCAACAUGGACCGUGCUAUGAGGUAGCUCCCCGAUUAUCGCGUUGUAGAGAGUGUGGACGCUCUGCUGCAGCACGAUCGAGGGAUGCGGCUAACAUAUUUUGCCGUUUCAUUGCCUUCCGAAAACUGAAGUACAAUGAUCAUGGACAGAUGGAAGUAGCUGGUUUCGCUGACCCGAAUCUAGAUGCUCAGAAGGCUGAUACCAGCUUAUGGGAUGCCAAUUUAACCAAGGUGCCCAUUGACUUGUCCGUAGAAAAGUCUAAGUUCUUGCUCGGACAAGUCGGAUACAAAUUCUGUGAACUAUUUCAUCAGGAGAAGGAAGCUUACUUUGAGCAUAUGUCAGAAGGUAAUAGUUGUGAUUUUUAAUAAGCCUGUACAUAUUACAUAAUGUGAAAUGGUUUUGGCUUAAGUCAGUGCUGUCUACUGAGAUCGGUUGCCUCAGAAGUGGGACCUAGUCCUAACAAAGAGUUAAUUCACCAGGAUUUCGUUUACAAUUCUAUUUACGUACCUCC